UCUGUUGCAAUCAUGAGUGAGUUAAUACAAGUUGGUCCUUCUAACACUUGUAAUGACUUUCCAUUGAAAUCAUUAGGUCAAAUUUUUUACAAAAAAAUUAAAGAAUGGGAUUGUGAUCGAGUUCUUUUGAUUGAUUCUGAAGAAGAAAUAACUUAUGGAAAAUUUCAAAAACUAACUGUUCAAUUAGCAAAACAGUUUCAACGUCUGGGUAUUAGAAAAGGUGAUGUAAUUACGAUAAUUUCCCCAAAUCACUGGAGAUUCAUUGCAACAAUUGUUGCCGGAUUUUAUAUUGGAGCCACAAUUAAUCUUCUUAACCACGACUACACUUCUGGAGAACUAAAACACUUCUUACUAAUUUGUAACCCAGUUUUGAUACUUUGUACUAACAAGUCAUUAAUCAAUCUCAAAAAAGUUGAAAAUGAAGUUGAACUUCCACAUAUUUUGCUAUACGACUCUGACUUUGAUUCUUCACUAAAGUGUAAUUACAGUGAGGAAUUUAAACCUAUUGAUGAGUUAGAUCCGAUGACAGAAGUUGCUCUAAUUUUAACAUCAUCAGGUACAACAGGAUUUCCAAAAUGUGUUCAAUUAACCCACUCAAACAUAAGAACAACAAUGUUAUAUGCCACAGACCCCACUUUUUUGGAUCUUAACAGACACGAAUCUUGUAUAGCAUUUCUUCCAUUUUACCACGUGUUUGGUUGUGCUAUUUCACUAGCUUCAAUUUUAAGCGGUUGCAAAACAGUAAUUAUGGAAAAAUUUAUUCCUGAUUUAUUUUUAACCUUAAUCCAAAACCACAAAAUCACAAAAUUGUUUGUGGUUCCUCCAAUUUUACAAUUUUUGGUCAAAAACCCCUUAGUGGAAAAAUUCGAUCUUUCCUCCGUCACUGAUAUUUUGUGUGGAGCUGCUGCUGUACGUAAAGAACUGGAAGAAAUGGUCCAAAAAAAGUUUCAGGUCAAGUCAGUCAGGCAAGUGUAUGGAAUGACCGAAGUUUGUGGUGGUGCAACCAUGAUUCCUAAAAARUMUCAAAAAUAUGGYUCUUCAGGGAAAGUSAUSUCUUARACACAAYUCAAAGUUUGUGAUGUMACAAGUGAAGAAACUCUURCASCGWAUCAAAUUGGAGAAAUACGAAUCAAAGGUYAUGGAAUAAUGAAAGGUUACUUYAAAAAUAAAGAYGAAACYGAAAAAYCYUURYAUGAAGAMGGAUUUUUGAAAUCUGGUGAUUUAGGUUACUACGAUGAAGAAGGUUACUUUUAUAUUGUUGGCCGUUUGAAGGAAAUUAUUAAGUAUAAYGGAUUUCAGGUAUCACCAGCUGAGUUGGAAAAUUUGUUAAUACAACAUCCUGCUGUUAAUGAUGCAGCUGUUGUUGGAUUACCGGAUGAAAGAGCCGGAGAGUUACCUUUGGCAUUUGUUGUUAAACAAGAUAAAAAUAUCACGGAAAAAGAACUGAUUCAAUACAUUUCAGAAAAUAUUUCUAAACAAAAGCAUUUGCAUGGAGGAGUUAGAUUUAUUGACAGUAUCCCUAAAAAUUCCAGCGGUAAAAUUCUAAGAAUAAAACUAAAAGAAAUGUUAUAACACUUAAAAAAAAUGUCUGGUUAUAUGUAUUUUCAUGUUUGAAGUUUUCAGGUGUAACUAAAUUUUAAAGCUUUAGCUAGAAUAAUGAGUUCAGAUCAACUCUUUCUUCCUUAACUAUUUCACGAAAAUACAAAAAUUCAUUCAUAAGUACAUACCUAAUUGUCAAAUCUGUCAAGUUUUUGGUUGUGAGAAGGUUCUAAUGUCACAAUUUUUGAUUUUAGAAGCAAUUAUAUUAUACAUCUCUUAUUUUUUAUUGCAGAUGAUUUAAAAAAAAAUGAUGAUAAAAAGUUAAUUGGCAAAUUAAAAAUUUCUAAUAAAUAUUAAAAUAGGUAAAAUAAGUUGCCAAUAUCUUUAAAAGUUCAGUCAAAAAUAUUGUUACUUACCGAGUUGUAGAAAAAUUCCAAAUCUUUAUAUUGUUAAUUUAAAAGAAAGUUCGAUUUUUCCAGUAGAUUUGAAAUAACAACUAAACGAUAUAACUAAAAAAUAUAUUUUUUAAUACACAUAAUAUGCUUUUAAACCCAUUGCCAAUUCAACAACAAAUUUUUUCUUCUGUUUACGUUGUCCUUUAUAGUAAAAAGCAGUAGGUCCUUAGUUCUCCUAAAAUAAAUGAAAAAUAUACAACAAAAUCAUUACUCUUGUUAACACAAACCUUAAAAAAAUAUUUUGUAACAGACACAAUACAAAAUAAUGCGGGCACAUUUUUUAGGAUUUGAUUUGUAGUUCAUUUAACAGGUAAACGUAAAAUUAGGUAAAUUACGUGUUGUUAACCUAGUACAUUGCCUUCAAGGCUUUCAUUUGCUUUGCGCUUUUUAACGAGUCUGUCGACCGCUUCUUUGAACUAUGGUUUUCAUCGUCUUGUAUCUAAAAAAUAAUUGGUGUAUUUUUUCUCAAAAUAAAAAAAAAUAAAAUUA